UUUGUCUGUGGUUCUUAAAACUCGAAGCGAAAGCAAGCUUUCUUCCUCUCGUUUUCCAAAAUAUCGAUUAAAAUUAAGCAUUUUCAUCUUAGUUAUCAACCAUGAAUGCUUUAUUAGACUAUGGAUCUUCGUCUUCAAGUGACUCAGAACAAGAGCAAGAUGAAACAAUCAACAACGAUAAGCCAAAGUUGCCCAAGCCAGCGCUUGGAGAAAGUGCGCUUCAAACUUCGGUAUUUUCUAAUCCUUUCGUGGAAGCAGAGUUAGCAAAGGCUGCAAUACUUGAGAAGCACGUCAAAAUGGUUCCAGGCAAAGACAACACAAUCAUGAUCAACGGUAAGAAGAUUUGCUGGAACUACAGAAAGGGGAAGUGUCGGUUCGGCCACAAUUGUAAAUAUGCUCACGACUCCGACAUUCAAAAGACUAAUGAAGAAUUGGAUGCAGAAAAGCAGAAACUGAAAUCAGUUGUUUGUGAAGGAGUGGGCACUGUGACCUCAUUACCACCGCCACAGACAGAAGCAGUGGCACCCACAGAUGAUGCUAUUUGGGAAGGUGGAGCAGACAAGAAGAAAUUAAAAAGACCAGGCCUUAGUGAAGGCUUAGUGCCAGGAAAGAAAGUCCUAAAAAUGUACAAACAACAAAAAAUAAAAGAUUCUAAAAAAUAA